AUGUUGAUAAUUUUUCAGGAGAGCCAUUGCCUUCGAGGAAACAGCUUUCCCGAAUCCUCUCUUGUUGAGGACAGAUAUCCAACUGCAGCCGGAGAUGCUGCUGACAUUGGCUUGAAAUCUCGAUGUGACAAACUUCAAGAAGAAGUUGAUAAUUUGAAAAGAGAAUUAGAAGCAGAUAAGAUAAGAAACAAAAAAUCACUACCUCCACGAGAAGAUAUCCUUGCUGAAUUCCAGAAACGCACAGCGACAAUUCAUUCAUUAAUGGAUGAAAAAUUAUUGGACAUUGUUAAUUCAUAUGAAAAUAAAAUUCAGUCUUUGGAAAAAGAUUUGGAAUAUUACAGGGUAAAGCACAAAAACAGAGAUACAGUUUUUGAUCAAGAUGAAAUGAGUACAAAGAUGCAAGAUGUCAUAUUAAAAUAUGAUAAACAAAUCAAAGAAUACAAUGAGAAAAUCAAAUUUCUGGAAGAGCAAAUUGAAGUCCUGAAACUGGAUGCAGAAAGCAGGCCACAGAUGAAAGAAUUUCGUGCCUUACAGCAACAAGCAAAGAAAAUGAAACGCUUGCUAGAUUACUAUAACAUUAGAUAUGUGCCUGAUGAGUCUGGAUCUUUCCCUAAUGUUGUAUCUCAUAAAUAUAACACCAAUGUGGACAGUAUAGACAUGUUGCCUUUUUAUAGCAGUAAACUUUACUUACAGGAUAUUUGUCAAGAACUAGAAGUUGAGGAUUUAGAUGAAAUUCUUCCAUCUCUUCAAAAACUGAAACACAAUGCUGAACGUGCCAAUAAAUAUAAACAGUUUAGCAUAAAAGUAUGUGGUUUGGUGCAGCAGGUUGGCCAUGAUGAUGAUGAAAGAUUUACUCGACAUUCAAUCAAGAAUGGCAUAUCUGAAGUUGCCCUAAAACAUGUGCAGGAGACUUUGGUCCAAUGGACAGAGGAUCUGAAAAGCUUAGAGAAUCUUGUGACAAGUAUAAAUGAAUUGGUUGUUAUUGCUGCUCCUUGGUCAAAAGUACAAAUUUAUCCAAGUGAUUCUUUUGAAGCUAUGUCAACAAAAUUAAGUGGAAUCAACCAGAAAAAAAAUUAUUCAUUUAUAAAGGAAGAAAAAACGUCACGUGCCAUGUUGGAGAAUAUAGUCCACCAUUUUCAGAUGUUAUUUGAUAUACGUUCCAUUUCUGGUGUCUAUCCAACAAUGAACCAAAUCUAUACUAAAAUUGGAGAGCAACAAAAUGUGAUGAAGAUAUUAAAAAAUUAUUUAGGAUUAGAUCCUUCGGCAAAACCAACCAAAGUUGUUGAUGCUGUUUCCCAACUGUGCCAAAUACACAAUGCAACAACCUCGACUCAACUGAAACAACUUUUACAGACUGAAGAUUUAGAAGGCAUCAUUGGACGGUUGGAAGAAUAUAAUAUGUUCUUUCCAGCAUUUCGGCAAGUUAUGUCAGAACUUUUAGAAAUACUUUGUGUACAAAGUGUGAGUGAUGUUGUUCCUACAGUGAAGACUUUGACUUUGCUGGCCCAGUGA